AUGGCUCAAUUUCGGAUCACGGACGCCUUUCUGGCGCUGAUGUUGGUCAGCACAUCCCAGUGUUGGCCAAAGGGAGAAUGCCCCAGAGGAACUGCCAAUUCAAGAACUAUAAUACUGCCAGACCAUGCCAAUUGUACAGUGUUUUAUAAGUGCAACUACUGGGAACCUGUACUGUAUCACUGCCCUCACGGCCUGCUCUUCAACUCUCGCACUCUGACGUGCGAUUGGCCAUGGAAUGUUGCCUGUCCUCACAGCCAGGCUCGAGCUGGAUCGGCGGUAACAAUUCCAAAGUGGCCAACUCCACUGACUGGAUACUUAGCAAAACAAUGGCCAUCUAGCGCAGUCACACCCACCAAAAACUUCACAUUUAAGGAGUGCAUCGACCACCUCACAUUGCACGCUACUAGCGCUAAUGGGCAUACACCAGACCCAAUGCACAUCGUAUCUGGACAUCAUAUAAGUAACCCACCCCUGUGGCCUGUUGCACAUGUCAGUAGGUGGCCAACAAUAAUACCGGAAUCGCAGUCUGUCUGGUGGAAAACAAGUGUAACUCCCACAGAACACAGUAAACCUGUAAGUACUACAGGUUCUAGUAGUACAUCAGCGAAGUGGUCAACAAGACACACCACCCACCAGCCAACAACUACCUCAGGAUUAUCAUCUGCAUGGUGGAAAACAACCGCCUCUUCUACAGAUCAUGUGGGAUCCAGCGGUACAACACAACGAACAACAACAACAGAAUCGCAGCCAACAUGGUGCAAGACAACAUACGGUGAAACAAGUUCAACAACAACCGACAAAAGCACUUCAUAUGAACCAUGGUCCACAUCGAAAUCAGUAUCAGUAUCAACACAGCAAACACCGGAGGCUACCACUGUACAUGAAAAAUCUACGGAAACUGCAGCUGACGCAAGUACAACACAUAAGACAAUGACAACAACAGACAGUACCCACUGGCCAGAAACAAAAUCGACAUCAGUGUCACUACCAUCAACCGACAAAAGCACUACAUAUGAACCAUGGUCCACAUCAAAAUCAGUAUCAGUAUCGACACAGGAAACACCAGAAGCUACCACUGUACAUGAAAAAUCUACGGAAACUGCAGCUGACGCAAGAACAACACAUAAGACAAUGACAACAACAGACAGUACCCACUGGCCAGAAACAAAAUCGACAUCAGUGUCACUACCAUCAACCGACAAAAGCACUACAUAUGAACCAUGGUCCACAUCAAAAUCAGUAUCAGUAUCGACACAGGAAACACCAGAAGCUACCACUGUACAUGAAAAAUCUACGGAAACUGCAGCUGACGCAAGUACAACACAUAAGACAAUGACAACAACAGAUAGUACCCACUGGCCAGAAACAAAAUCGACAUCAGUGUCACUACCAUCAACCGACAAAAGCACUACAUAUGAACCAUGGUCCACAUCAAAAUCAGUAUCAGUAUCGACACAGGAAACACCAGAAGCUACCACUAUACAUGAAAAAUCUAUGGAAACUACAGCUGACGAAAGUACAACACAUAAGACAAUGACAACAACAGACAGUACCCAUUGGCCAGAAACAAAAUCAACAUCAGUGACACUACCAUCAACAGAAGCUUCCACAGGACAUGAUGGAUCUACAGAUAUUACUUCUGAGGAUAACAGAUCUAGCUCUUGGCCAGCAACUGACGUUACCCAUUGGGCAGAAAUAACAUCAACAACAGUAUGGCAACAAACUGCAGAGUCUACCACAGGAGAUGAAGGAUCUAAGGAAACUGUAACUGAUAAAAGCACAUCACACAGGUCUUGGUCAACAAUAGGCAGUAAACAUAUGUCAACAGUAACGACAGAACCAACAUCAGUGUGGCAGCACUCAACAGAGGCUUCCACAGAACUUGACGGAUCAACAGAGACUGCAUCUGAUAGGAUCAGGCCACCGUCAACAACAGAUGGUACCCACCCACCAACAGUAACGCCAGAAUCAACAGUGUGGCAGCACUCUACAGAAGCCCCCAUAGGACAUGAUGGAUCUACAGAAACUACAGCUGAUGAAAGUACAACAUACAGGGCAUCGUCAACAACACAUGGUACCCACUUGUCAACAGUAAUGACAGGAUCAACAUCAGUGUCACAGCGCACAACAGUGGCCCCUACAGGACAAGACAGAUCUACAGAAACUAUACCAGACGAAAGCACUAAGCCAUGGCCAACAACAUUCAGUAGCCAUUGGCCAGAAGUAACAUCAGCAUCAACAUCUGUGGAAAGUAAGACACAUAGGCCAUGGUCAACCUCAAAAGGUACCCAUUCGCCUAUGGACGUACCAGACUCAACACCAGUGUGGGAGCAUACAACGAAGACUACCACAGAGCAUGACGAAUUGACGGAUCCUACAGCUGAUGAUAGCACAACACCUAGGCCUUGGCCGACAGCAGACAAUACCCAUUUGACAGAAGUAACACCAAAAUCAACAUCAGUGUGGCAGCAGACAGCUGAGCCUACCAAAGGAAAUGAAGAAUCAGUGCGAGCUACAGAAAACAAAAGUACAACAGCUAAAUCGUUGCCAUCAGAUGGAACUCAUUGGCCCAAGGUAACAAUCAAAUCAACUUCAGCGUGGCAGGAAACUGCAGACCCUUCCACAGGAUACGAAGGAGCUUUGCAGAAAACAACAGAACCUUCCGCAGAGAAUGAGGGGUCUGCUCAAACUACAGCUGAUGAAGGUAGUACACCUGAUUUGUGGUCAAAAUCAGACGAUACACACUCGUCAGCAGAAACAGCAAAAUCAACAUCAAAGACAACAGAGCCUUCCACAGAGCAUGAAUCUGUGAAAUCUGUAGCAAAUGAAAGUAGCACAUAUAGACCACGACCAACAACAGGCGUAACAGAUCAGCCAGUAGUGACAGGCAAAUAUACUUCAUCUGGGCUGAAAGCAUCAGAUCCUUCUUCAGAGCAAGAGGGAUCUGGCGAAGCCACAGCUGAUGGAAGUACAACAAAUACCCCAUGGCGUACAACUCAAGUUAUGCAUUCACCUAAACCUUUUACGGAGUAUGGGCGAUCUAUUGAAACUACAGUCUUCGACAGCUUAACAUCAAGAAUGCGACCUUCAACACAUAUGGAGUGCCCUGUAGGUCUUGAGUUCAAUCCUGUUUUGGAAGUAUGCGACUAUCCACACCGUGCUGGAUGCCUGAGCAAACAGACUGGUUCAGCUUGCCCCACUGGGCUGGAGUUCAAUCCUCAUCUGCGGGUCUGUGAUUGGCCCACGAAAUCAGGAUGUUCUGCUAAGCAGCAUCUGACAACUCAAAUUCCUUGGGUCUUUUCGACUGAGCCCCAUUCAGCAGGUGGAUGUGAUUCACCCACUGCUGUUCGUUCCACUGAGAAUGAACACCACGUCCCAGACUGGGCACACCCCACUUCUCAUCAUUCCACUGUCAAUGAACAGCAAGUCCGAGACUGGGCGCACCCCACUGCUGGUCAUUCCACUGAGAGAGGGCACUCGACACACUCCAGCACCAGGCAGCCUUGUGACGCGGUCGGCGAGUGCCCCCGCGACGCGGCGAAGCUACUGCCGCACCGGACGGACUGCAGCCUCUUCUGCCAGUGCGACCACGGCGUGCCGGUGACGGCGCGCUGCCCUGCCGGCCUCGAGUUCAACGCCGCCUUGCAGGUCUGUGACUACCCGCACCGCGCCGGCUGCUCGUGCGGCAGGUCUGGCGCUCGCCACCGGACGCACCACUGA